CCUGAACAGGAGUCCACUUAGCCCCUCCCUGUGAUGGGCUGGGAGCGGGGAGGGGUGAAUUCAUAGUUUCAGGUCUUUCCUGCUCUCCUGGCAGUCCAAGUGACCAUCAACUGUAGGCCAGAGGUGUUGGAGGUGGGGUGAGACGGACCAGCCCCUAAGGCUGGUCAGUGCUGUGGCAGACAUGGAGUUCACCCGGAUGCGGCCUCACCCUUGGCCCCUGCUUCUCCCGGUACUUGUGUGGCUUCCCCAAAGCCUGAGUCUAGACCUGAUUCCCUACACGCCGCAGAUAACUGCCAGGGACCUGGGAGGGAAGGUCACAGCCACUACGUUCUCUCUGGAGCAGCCUCGGUGCGUCUUUGAUGAGCACGCCUCAAGUAAUGACACCAUCUGGCUAGUGGUGGCUUUCAGCAAUGCCUCCAGGGACUUUCAGAACCCACAGACCGCUGCUAAGAUCCCGACCUUCCCACAGCUGCUGACUGACGGCCACUAUAUGACAUUACCCCUGUCCCUGGAUCAGCUGCCAUGUGAGGACCUGACCGGUGGCAGUGGAGGUGUCCCGGUGCUUCGGGUGGGCAAUGACUUCGGCUGUUACCAGCAACCCUAUUGCAACGCUCCCCUCCCCAGCCAGGGCCCUUACAGUGUGAAGUUCCUUGUAAUGGAUGCUGGUGGCCCACCCAAGGCUGAAACGAAGUGGUCUAAUCCCAUUUUUCUCCACCAAGGGAAGAACCCCAACGCCAUUGACACAUGGCCUGGUCGGCGGAGCGGCUGUAUGAUUGUCAUAACUUCCAUCCUUUCGGUCCUGGCCGGCCUCUUGCUCCUGGCUUUCCUGGCAGCCUCCACUACGCGUUUCUCCAGCCUGUGGUGGCCUGAGGAAGCCCCUGAGCAGCUGCGGAUCGGCUCCUUCAUGGGAAAACGUUACAUGACUCACCAUAUCCCCCCCAGCGAGGCUGCCACACUGCCGGUGGGCUGCGAGCCUGGCCUGGACCCCCUUCCCAGUCUCAGCCCAUAGCUUGGUCUCUGGAUCUUGGGCUGGUGUGAGGGGCAGAGAGCAGGUGCCCCUCCUGUGGGGCAGGGUGGGGCCCUUGCAUCUCCACAUCCCCUCCUAUCUGCCUGGCUGUUUUAUCUUCUGUGUCUGGUUCUGUCCGUCACUCGCCUCUGUCUGUAAGUGCAUUUACAAGAUCAGGA